CAAUUCAUCCCAUUGCAGAGCUGUCACCGUGAAGGUGGUUUUCCACCUGCAUCAGCAAAAAUGGAAAAAUUCUACACUCCAAUGAGAACGCCUUCAGUCAGAACAAGACGAAAGGCAAUAUCUCCAGUUGCGCAGGAAUCACGAGAACUGAUAAGUUCUUCAUCACCCUACAACGUGGUAGAAUUGGACAUGGAUGAGAAGAAAUUGAAAGAACGCAUUUUAGAGCAAGACACGACGAUCAGAGAGUUGCAAAAGACAAUCAAGCAAAUGGAAGAGGCUAUGGGAUCAAAAUUAAAUGAGAGUAUACUAAUCGAAACUAGCAAUCGUAUCAAUGCUCACGAGUCACGCAUUUAUCAAACAGAUAUCUCGCUUUACGAACAUGAUCUCAGAGAAACUAAGGAACAUUUGAAAAAGUUGAGGUUUGAUUUAUCCAAUGAAGUGAGCAAACACGUGGCCGCUGAAGACGAUCUGCGGAGACGUCUGAUAGAAAUUGCAGAACUUGAACAUAAGUUGAAAGAUGCAAAUGAUGCAAAAAAUGCACUCCAAGAAAAGCUGGUUAACAAGGAUCAUUCAAUAACGCAACUUGGUUCGGAACUGACUUCUGCGAAAUUCGAGAUAUCCACACUACAGACAAGGUUAGACAAGUCUCGACAGGAUGUGGAACAAGCUCGGAUGCAAAAUAAGGAUCUUUCGUUAGAAGUAGCUACACUAAAAGUGGCCUUAGCAAAAAGCAAAGAGGAAAUUCGUCGAAAUUUGGAAGAUGUGAAAGAUCAGAAAGAAGAUAUGACGAAAAGAGAAAUCGAGUUGAGACGAAGCUUGGAAACGAACUUUGUGAGUCACAACAUAUCAACAUCGAACAAUCUGGUUAACGCAUUCCAAUCACUUUCUUCUCAGUUGAUGGCAAUGCAAAAAACGCAGUUUACUUCUGAGCAGUUAGCUAACAUUCAACAUCAAUUAGGAGAAUUAUCUGCUACUAACAAAUUUCUACAAGAAAAAGUGAUGGACUAUCAAGAAAAGGAGAAUAAGCUGUCACAGCAGCUGGCGGAAACACGAGAUAGCGCCGAAUCGGCAAAGGUUGAAUUAGAGACACUGCACAAAAAACUGACCGAAGUUGAGGGCAGCUCAUCUCUCACUUAUCAGUACUUGUUGGAAGAGGCGAGCAAGGUGAAGCAACAAAAAGCAGAUUUACGCUGUGAGCUUUUGGAGCUUCGCCGCGAUUACAACAGGCAAAAGGAAAAACUUGAAAAACUGGAAACUAAGACAGUGGACGAGACUGAGAUGGAGAAGUUACGUAGUGAUCUCGAGUCUUGCCGAAAUAGAGAAGAAAAGCUUCUAAAAGAAGUAGAACGACUGAAAGAAGCAUUAGAUAAAGCUGAGAAAGAGCGAAGACGACUUGAAGUGGAAUUGAAAUCUACGCGGGACGAAGCUGGAGAGGCACAUGUUGAACGAAAAAUCAACCAAGAGCUCCGUGAGGAGCUGAAGAAGACGGAAACAAAGUUGAUAGAACUCUCUAACACCAUGGAGGUCGUGGACUCGCAGUGCGAGCAGUUCAGGGAGUUGAAGAAGCGCGCCGAAGCGGGAAGGCAGAAAGCUUUAAGUGAAUGUGCAGAUAUGACCGUGAAACUGCGUGAAAUAGAGCGCCAACUGGAGAGUCAGCGCAGUCUGGAGGUUGAGGUUAAACAGCAAAAAUCAGAGCGAGAUCGUUUGGAGAUGAAGAUCCGUUACCUGAAUGAUGAGCUUCGCGAAACACAUAAUGACUACAGAGCUGAACUGGCUCAACUUGCAAAGCAAAUUUCCGAAACUAAGUGCAGGGAUGCAACGGACAAUGAGCAUUACACUAUCAAGAUUGAUGAGCUGAAAAACAAACUAGCGCAGGCAGAAAGCCUUCAGCGCAGCUUAAAUCGACAGGUGGAAGAGCUGAAACAAGAGAACGGAAAGUUACAGGAACAGCUUACUGCUGGAGAAAGUCGAGAGCAAGAAACUGCAGAGGAGAAUAAGAAACUCCGUGGGGGACUAACAGAUGCAUUGAGAAAAAUAGACCAGUAUAAGAAAGAGGCAGAGUCUGCGAAAGAAGCAUGCCAAGAAAUGACCAAACAACUGGAGCAAAACGAAGAAAGAAUCACAAAACUAGAAGAUGAAAUAAUCAGCUUGGAGGAAAGACUGGAAGAAAAAGAGAAGCUUGAGGCGUACCUACAGUCGCAGAUAAAAGCUAGAGACAUGCCAAAGCUUAGCAGAAGAAGCACUCUGCUACGAACACCUACGGAAAGCUCGAUUGAGAUCAUCGAUCCGGUGGUAGUUGAAGAGCUUGAAAAUGAAAGAACGAGUCUAUUGAAGGAAUUGGAGGAGAAGAAGAAAGAACUAAAUUCUCGCAAAAUGAUGCCACCUCCUGUUCCAAAGGGUCAUCGUCUACAACCUUCAGCUCCCUACACCAACACAGUUUCUCGGAAACCUUUGGCGAAGGUGCAAUCUAAAUCGAUUGCAGACAUCCGUUGCACCUCUCUACAACAGAGUAGAACUGGUGCAUUAGAAAAGUCAACGUCGCAAAGUGCCACGAUGAGGCAUGAAAUCCCCCAUAGGUGGACCGAGUUGCGGCAUUUUGGAUUGUUCACCAUCAAAUGUGCUGUUUGUUUCGUCGGAGUACCAACGUUCGGCAAGAAGAAACGCUGCACACAUUGUGGUAUUAUCGUACAUUCACAAUGUGCUACACGUGUAGCAAAUACAUGUGGUUUACCCGAUCAGUGUGCCAAUUACUACUUGGAUUCGUACAGUGCGCCAGUGGGAAAAAUGAAUGGCUGGGUGAGACUGUUUAGCGAUGAUUCAAACACACGUGAAUGGCAGUCCGCCUGGGGUGAGAUGGACGAACGAAAUCUAGCCUUCUAUGACCACCAUGCUGUGCAAUCAGAUUUGAAGAAACCAUUCCUUUCUGUUGAUCUCGAAAAGGAACUACGGAUAGUCCGAGUGGGUAGUGAGGUGCCUGUGAAAACGGACAGCGGCGGCCAGGUCUCGCAUAAUAUCGUCCAUCUAAAGACCGAAACGCGAAAUAUUUAUAUCUUGGCUCCAUCCACGCAAACAGCGAAACGGUGGGCGGAGGCCCUGCAGAAUGCCUCUGCAAGAAGGAUGUUGCUUACGAGGAGGCCAAGUUCGUUUUCAGAACAAUCAUGUGUGCUUGUUCUGUCAGCACCAAAUAAUCUCACUAUCCACACCACUUGCGUAAUUGAUGAUUACCUUCUUAUUGGGGCUCAGAGCGGGUUGUUCUUCACGCAUAUGAGCAGUCCAAGGGUUCCGGUAAGAAUCAGUGGAUUCAAUUCUGUAGCAGCGAUGGAAUGGCUUUCUGACCUCAGUAUCCUUGCGAUGAUAACGGAACACCGACGCUCCCUUGCGCUAGUUCCAUUAUCGAGCUUGAAAGCUGAGCUGCUUUCUGUUCAACCCAGCUUACGCGCUGAUGUGCUCAACGGAUACGAUAACUUGCAUGCACUAGCCUAUUAUCAUCACGAAGAUAAUCGGUACCUUUGUGCAGCUAGUUCCACGAAGAUUCAUGUGCUCAAAUACAAUGCAGCUCGCGACGUUUUUACUGGACAUCAGGUGAUCGAAACAAGCGAACCGGCUAUGUGCCUUACAACGGACAGCCGUGGUCUUUAUUUUGGUUCUGAUAGCUUUUACUUUGUGCAUCUUGGUAAAGGAAAUCUUGAACCAUUGCGACUGGCUGAUUCCAGUAUAUCUGACUACCCCAUUGCAUUGCUCAUCCUGCGAGACGACGAGGUUCUUUUGGCUUACCAAAAUUACGGCAUAUUCGUGAAUGCCCGCGGUGAACGGACCCGCAAUCAGACGGUAGAAUGGGAGCAAAUGCCAAUGGAGUUUGUUUACACUGCUCCGUAUCUAUACGUAAUACAUUAUGACUCCAUAGAGAUCAUGCAAGUUGCUGACUACAAAGGACCGGACUCUGAUACCGUACUCGACGAAAGAGAGGUGUAUGAGUGCCAAAAUGCGCACGUGGUGUGUUGUCGGCCAAAUGGGGAUGUGUUUAUCUCGAUUUCGAAUACCGACAGUGUAGAGGUGCAUCGAUUUAAUGCGACGAACAGCAAGAGAAGCUCGCUGAAGCGAAAAGGACUUUCAGCCAUUACAUAUGAUAAGCGUUCCAAAGUUACUUUAUAAUUUUUCUCAUCUUCAUUGUUUGUUCUAUAUGAGUUGUUAUUCUCCUCAGUGUGAUCUUGCAGCUAGAUUGUUCAAUCAAAUAAUUGGUCAUUUCCGCUACAUCGGUUGUUUUACUCUCGUUAUAGAAAGUGCAGCCAUUCUGGUUUCAUAAAUCAUUUAGAUAUCCCUCGUAACCUGUCAUGAGCAGUCUAAUCUAAUCUUUGUUGUAUCGCCUUUAUAUUUUAAUUGUAAAUAGCCAUUUGUAAGCUAAGUUAUAGGUUGUGAAUAAAC